AUGUCUGUCUCCAUUGAGUCCACUGCAGUUCCUACUGCCCCUACGGCUCCCCAGCAGCCUGUCCUCUUGGGACACCAAGCUCGCAUGCCCGAGUUCAGUCUUGCUGGCAAGGUAGUUUUGGUGUCUGGCGCUGGUCGUGGGCUGGGUUUGACUCAAGCCGAGGCCCUGUUGGAAGCUGGCGCGAAAGUCUAUGCCUUGGACCGUCUACCUGAGCCGGCCCCAGAGUUCUCAGCCAUCCAAGAGCGCGCCAAGCAACUGGGAACCGAGUUGCACUACCGCCGCAUUGAUGUUCGUGACACAGAGCUUCUGAACAGCGUGAUUGAGGCGAUCGCCGACGCCGAGGGUCGCAUGGAUGGCCUUGUUGCCGCCGCUGGUAUCCAACAGGAGACGCCCGCUCUCGAGUACUCUGCCAAAGACAGCAACACCAUGUUCGAAGUCAAUGUCACAGGCGUGUUUAUGACCGCACAGGCCGUGGCCAAGCAAAUGAUUCGCUUUGGCAACGGUGGUAGCAUUGCUAUGAUCGCUAGUAUGAGUGGAACCAUUGCCAAUAGGGGUCUCAUCUGCCCCGCCUACAACGCCAGCAAGGCUGCUGUUAUCCAGCUCGCCCGCAACCUGGCUGCCGAGUGGGGCCAGUACAACAUCCGCGUCAACACAAUCUCCCCGGGCUACAUCGUGACUGCGAUGGUGGAAAAGCUUUUCGAGGACUUCCCAGAGCGCCGCGACCAGUGGCCUAAGGAGAACAUGCUCGGCCGCCUCUCCCGACCGGAGGAGUACCGUGGUGCGGCCGUGUUCCUGCUCAGCGACGCCAGUAGCUUCAUGACUGGUAGCGACCUGCGCAUGGACGGUGGCCACGCCGCAUGGUAG